UGACCACAUGUUGCUGCUGGUGGUGAUCCUAUAACUAACGUCCCUGACAUGCGGGGCCUCGCCCCUGAUCAAGACGGCCUCCGCCUCUGCUGUGCUCCCUCCUCCCACUGCUUCAAGCGCCAUUUGCCUACUUAAAGCGCCAUGCCGUCCUUCCUCAGCGCUCACGCUGCCGCAGCAUUGCACACUCCUGAGCGACCCUCUUCAGAAGUGUGCAUAUGGGUUCGAAGCACGUCUACUCCUGCAACAUCUUCUUCUCCUUCCUCCUCUUCUCCUUGUGCUGCAAAGGCGUUGCCGCAGAAUUGGAAUGGACGCAGACAGCAACACUUGAAGUUGAUGCCUCGUGGAGGCUUGCUAGGAAGAUCCCUGAAACAUUAUUCGGACUAUUCUUUGAGGAGAUCAACCAUGCUGGAGCUGGUGGAAUCUGGGAGGAGCUUGUUAGCAACAGAGGUUUUGAAGCAGGAGGGCCCCAUACCCCUUCAAACAUAGACCCAUGGAGCAUCAUCGGAGAUGAGUCUUCCAUAUAUGUGACGACUGAUCCUGUCUCCUGUUUCACUAGAAAUAUUGUUGCUCUAAGAAUUGAGGUUCUAUGUGACAAGUGCCCAACUGGCGGUGUUGGCGUCUACAACCCGGGAUUCUGGGGCAUGAACAUAGAAGAAGGAAAAACCUAUAAUCUAGUCAUGUACAUCAGAUCACCAGAAUCUGUGGAGUUGACAGCUUCACUCACAUGUUCAAGACCUUCAGGUGCAUUGCAAAACCUGGCAUCAGCAUAUAUACAAGAUAUUGACGUGUCAAACUGGACAAGGGUAGAACUGAAACUAUUAGCUCAAGAAACAUGCAGAACUUCACGACUUGAUCUAACAACUUCCAAAAGGGGGGUAAUAUGGUUUGAUCAAGUGUCACUCAUGCCCUCAGAUACAUACAAGGGCCAUGGUUUUCGCAAGGAGCUCAUGUAUAUGCUUUUGGAUUUGAAACCACGAUUCCUACGUUUUCCUGGGGGUUGCUUUGUUGAAGGAAACCUGUUAAGAAAUGCUUUCAGAUGGAAGGAAACUAUUGGUCCAUGGGAAGAGAGACCUGGACACUAUGGAGACGUUUGGAAUUACUGGACUGAUGAUGGACUUGGAUAUUUUGAGUUUCUCCAGCUUGCAGAAGACCUGGGUGCUGCCCCUAUCUGGGUCUUUAAUGCCGGAAUCAGCCACAAUGAGGGAGUUGACACCAAUAGUAUUGCACCUUUUGUCAAGGAUGUAUUGGAUAGUCUUGAGUUUGCCAAGGGGAGUGCAGAAUCGAAUUGGGGUUCUGUUAGAGCUGCAAUGGGACAUCGAAAACGUUUUCCACUGAAGUACGUUGCGAUUGGGAAUGAAGACUGUCAGAAGGAAUUUUACCAAGGAAACUACCUCAAAUUUUAUAAUGCUAUAAGAGAAGCAUAUCCAGACAUUCAAAUGAUUUCAAACUGUGACGGCUCAUCUGAGGCACUUGACCAUCCUGCAGAUUUGUAUGACUUCCAUAUCUAUAACAGUUCUACUGAUAUUUUCCUCAUGAAAAGUAAGUUUGAUAGGACAUCACGUACAGGACCAAAGGUGUUUGUCAGCGAAUAUGCAGUUACAGAACAAAAGGAUGCUGGUAAUGGAAGCCUCCUUGCUUCACUGGCAGAGGCUGCAUUCCUCACUGGAGUAGAAAAGAACAGUGACAUCGUUCAGAUGGCUAGUUAUGCGCCACUCUUCGUCAAUGACAACGAUCCUGGCUGGAAAUGGAACCCAGAUGCAAUAGUCUUCAACUCCUGGCAACAGUACGGAACUCCCAGUUACUGGAUGCAGACAUUUUUCCGUGAAUCAAGUGGUGCUGUGAUCCAUCCAAUUACAAUCGCAUCCAGCUACUCUGAUUCAUUGGCAGCAUCCGCAAUUACCUGGAGGGACACUGAGAAUAGCUUCCUGAGGGUAAAGAUCGUAAACUUCGGGCCUCAUGCUGUGAGCCUGACAAUAAGUGCACAAGAACUCCAAGUUGGUGUUGAUACAAUGCGAUCAAGAGUCACUGUUCUGACAUCCAGCAAUGUGAUGGAUGAAAAUUCGUUCAGCAACCCAAAUAAUGUGGUGCCGGUUAGCAGAGAGCUGCCGAAUGCGGGAGAAGAGAUGCAGGCCUUGCUCGCUCCCUACUCCUUCACGUCAUUCGACCUGGCUCUGGAUCAGCACGAACGUGUGGCGGAAAUGUGAAGCAAUACAUCACAAGUUGCAAUAGAGACAGGGUUAACUAUAUGAUGUGUGGGUUCAUACUUUGCACAAACUAUGGUGUGAUCUGUGUUCCUGUAUAUCUGCUUGCUAUCAGGCCCCAUGCUAUUCUUCUGAGACUGCACGACUGCUGCAGAUAUGGAUUAGUGUUGAUGGUGGCAGAACAGAACAGAACAGAAUGACUUGUUUUUACUCU